AUGACUGACCAACCCUACAAGGGAGCGUUGCAGUGGAUCAAUCUAGAUGCGGAUAACUUGGAUCCUCUGGCACACAAACACAAAAUUCUGAGUCAUGUUCAGCAGCGAUACCGGCCUUGGAGGCGGCGAGCUAGAUCUGAAGCUCUCUUUGCCUCUAUCAAGUCGACUCUAUCUACAACGCGCAUCGGAACCAGACAAGAUGAAAAGGCUCAAUCCCGAACGCCAAUUAGAACGCCAUUGCCCUCGAAGCUGAUAGCCAAGGGUAACUCAGAUCCGUUCGCAGCCUAUCCCGUACGCAUUGGCCCGGAAGAAAAUGACUUGAUGAUCCUAUAUCGAGACUACAUGAUCCCUUCGCUAUACUCCACAGAGUUGGGGCAGAAGCACCUGAUCGACCUUGCUACUCAAGAUUGGAAAGACGCUGUUGGGCUUCUUGAAGACAAGGGAGCCGCGUUUGGUGCCUUAGCGCGCUACGGUUCGAUAGCAGGUAAAUUCAACCCUAGAUUGCAAUACCUGGCAUACAAAUAUCAUGUCAAAAGCCUCGAGAAUCUCAGAGCAAAAAUCUCCCAAGGCCAUGACUUACAGAACAGCGCGGACUGCAUGCACGUCAGCAUGCUCUUCGCAGCAGAAACCGUAUCGGGGAAUUUAUCUGAGGCCGCCACCCAUGGCAGAAUUCUCCUGAAAAUCCUGCAGAAGCAGUGGCGGGAGCAGAGGCACGACUACAAGCUGUUGAUCUACCAACUCAUAGUCGAUUUUCAUCUCAGCUCUAUGUCUGUAAAGCGGAUGAUCUUCGACGAUGAGGAAUGGUUAGCAGAAAUAUCGCAACAAGUAUCGGAUGCGGCAGCACUAUAUGCUCCGGUGUAUCCCAAGAAAGACUGGGAUCCAUGCAUACCCGACGAAUGGCUCCGCACUUCCUUCGAAGCCGAGCAACAGCGCUUCAACUUCAUAGCCUCUCCGCCCAAGAUCACCGACGCUACUUCGCAUUUGGAGCUUGUUUUCCUGUCCCAAAUGCUUCAAGCCGUGCUCUUUCACAGCCGCAUGAUCCAUCACUACCUGAAGGUUGCAGAACAACUGAGAAACUCCAGGUUGAGUGAUGCGAAAGCGGAGCAACUCACAACGCAGCAAUACCUUGCACUUGCAGCAGCCCAACUGCGUCGACAUGUCGGCAUGACCCCGAAAAUCUUUGGUGUUUACAUCUAUGACAGCAGUGCUCUGAUCAUGGCUCUGAAGCAUGCUCUGCAAGCUAGUGACGCUGUCUCUCGACGGAUGUCCUCCACAAAAUAUAGGAAUGCGAAAUUAUGGGCAUUAUACGUGGGUGCCCUAGCAGAGACAGCUACUAGUUCAACCAACGAGUGUUCUUCGGAACAUUGGUUCAACAAAAUGCUCGCGGAUACGGCUAUCGCGAUGAACAUCCGCUCGUGGGACAAAUUGCAGGCUGUCUUGGAAGGAUUUCUAUACUACGACCGACCAUUCUACAUAACGAGGCCUGCCUGUUUCGAACAAGGACAUCUUGGAUCAUGA